AUUUUUCAAAUCCUGAACCCUAGUUUUCCCAAUUCUCUCGCCGGCAUCACCCCUUUCCCCAAAAUCUCCGAAGUUUACUACAUAACCGAAACAUGUUCAUCUCCAAUUUGAUUGACUUUGGGGAAACGUUUUAAUUUGAAUCUCGACUCGGACCCUAAAUUCGACACCACAAAGCUCUGAUCAUCAAUGGCGGGAGGGCGAGCUGAGCUGAAUUCCCACGGCGGCGCUACCGCAACGGCGGAGUACCAAACGGUUUAUGUCGACACUAACCUUGACACUCACUUAGUCAUGCUUGUCUCCAACUCUGAUACAAUAUCAGAUUUUAAAGAGAAGAUUGUGGUGGAGCAUAGGAAGUCUUUUCCUGAGAUUGGGUGCACGCUUGUAAAUUCUAUAAAGGUAAAGCGUGAGAUGAAGCUUUAUCAUGUUACAGAUGCUAUGCUUGUUUGGAGGGCGUUUGAUGGGGUCGAAGGGAACUGGGUUGUUUCAGUUGAUGCUUCGAGCACUGGUAAGUGCCGUGAUGUAUGUACCAUCCCAAUGUCUUUGCCAAAUAGUGGUAUCAAGAAAGCUAAAGCAAAGAAAAAGAAGAAAAAGGCAGCCCGGAAGAAUCUGGAGAAAUCGGGCACUGAACAAACUUAUGUUGCUGCAACGGAAAAAGACAUGGAGAAGAAGUCUCAAGGCUCUCCUGGUUACCAGACAGAAUUUCCUAUCAUAGGAAAGGAUAAUCCUGAACGAAAGCCUGAAAAUUAUGGUGAAGAAAUUAACUUCAAGCAGGCAGGCCAAACCACGAGCGAUAUUGCUACUCCUACUGCUACUCCUGCCGAUUUGAAGGCUGACCAAACCACGAGCCAAAUCACGUGCAAUAUUGCUACUCCUACUGCUACUCCUGCCGAUUUGAAGGCAGGCCAAACCACGUCCAAUAUUGCUACUCCUACUGCUACUCCUACCGAUUUGAAGGCGGGCCAAACCACUAGCGAUAUUGCUGCUACUACUGCUACUCCUACCCAUUUGAAGGAACCAAGACAAUCAAAUAAAGAGAUGAAAACUAUGAAAGAACAAAAGAAGAAGAGUUCACCUUCUGUAAGCAUACCAACUGAGUCUUCUUUGCUGAACAAAAAGAAUAUUCCUUCUAAGAGAAAAAAUCCCGAGGAAGUUCUCGGAAAGAGAGGUGACAAAAGGUCACAAUCAGGCCGGAUUGUAGUCAAUAAGAAGUCUCAAGGCUCUCCUGGUUACCAGACAGAAUUUCCUAUCAUAGGAAAGGAUAAUCCUGAACGAAAGCCUGAAAAUUAUGGUGAAGAAAUUAACUUCAAGCAGGCAGGCCAAACCACGAGCGAUAUUGCUACUCCUACUGCUACUCCUGCCGAUUUGAAGGCAGACCAAACCACGAGCCAAAUCACGUGCAAUAUUGCUACUCCUACUGCUACUCCUGCCGAUUUGAAGGCAGGCCAAACCACGUCCAAUAUUGCUACUCCUACUGCUACUCCUACCGAUUUGAAGGCGGGCCAAACCACUAGCGAUAUUGCUGCUACUACUGCUACUCCUACCCAUUUGAAGGAACCAAGACAAUCAAAUAAAGAGAUGAAAACUAUGAAAGAACAAAAGAAGAAGAGUUCACCUUCUGUAAGCAUACCAACUGAGUCUUCUUUGCUGAACAAAAAGAAUAUUCCUUCUAAGAGAAAAAAUCCCGAGGAAGUUCUCGGAAAGAGAGGUGACAAAAGGUCACAAUCAGGCCGGAUUGUAGUCAAUAAGAGCUUGCUUAGCAGACCAGUUUUCCGUGACAACAGCAGUGAAAGUUCGAGUGGCAAAAAUGAGAGCACACAUUCGAGUGGCAAAAAUGAGAGCACCCAUUCGAGUGGGAGCAGCAGCAGCAGUGAUAGUGAUAGUGAUAGUGAUAGUUCAACCACGUCUGAUGACUCUGAUGGACCCACUAAUGCACAAGGAAAAUCUGAUGGUGAUGGAGAGAAAGAGUUAGAAUACUUUCGCUCACACAACAUUACAUUGGAGAUGAUUCUUAGAAGCUCUGAAGGAUAUAAGAAAGCCCUGGCUGCAGCAAAGAUGAACGAGGAAGCUGAUAAAGCUGAAUUUGGUCCUAAUAGUUAA